AAAAACAAAGAGACACUGAGACAGAAGAAGAAGAGCUUGUGCGCGGAAACACGGAGCAGCACGGUUUUCAAUACUUAGAAACCCACAGGAGUUUUAAAAAUAAAGUAAACCUCGAUUGCCUAGUUUAGAAUCUUUUAUUCAUAUCUUCUUUAUACGCAUCAGAAUUUCGUGGUGGUUGCUUUUAUUAUCCAACGUAUGCCGUAAGAAGUGGCUUCAGGGCCUCCACGAGGUCAGUCCUGCUUGUGUCUGAUUGUCAAUUUUUGGACAUUUAAGUCCAGAAUGUCCAGCUUUAACUUCGGCACAAGUACCCUCGGCUCCACCGGCACCGGCGGGGGGUUCUCACUUGGAGCAGCGACCAGUGCUCCUGCUGCAGGUACGGGUGGAUUCGCAUUCGGAGGGUUUGGCACGCCGACAUCCACACCGGCCACCACCAGUACCACCUCCACACUGGGAUUUGGGUCCAGUUUAUUUGCACAGAAACCAACAACUGGAAUCAGCUUUAACACACCUGCCUCAGGGGCUGCUGCAUCCACUACUGGCCUUACUUUAGGGAGUCUUACCACCUCUACCGCUGCUUCCACUGGAUUCAGCCUGGGCUUCGGAAAACCAGCAGCCUCCGCUACACCUUUCUCACUGACAACCACCACCUCUGCAGCUCCAGGCACAGGCCUGACUCUGGGAUCCGUCCUGACCUCCACAGCCCCUCAGACCAGCUCCACUGGCUUCUCCCUCAACUUAGGAGGAGCUGCCACCACUUCCUCCGCUCCUGCCUCGGGUUUUUCCUUUGGUUCCAGUCUCUUUUCCAACCCCUCCUUGACAGGUUUGGGACAGUCCAGUUUAGGUGGACCUCUGAGUCUGGGUGGUUUAGUCUCCUCCUCUGUCGCGACCACCUCUGCUCCUGCACUCAGUCUCGGCCUGGGUGGUGUAGACUUCAGUACUUCCUCUGAAAAAAAUACUGACAAGUUAUCCAGCACCAGACCAGAAGACAGUAAAGCCCUCAAAGAUGAAAACCUGCCAGGUCCGAUCUGUCAAGAUGUGGACAACUUUCAGAAAUUUGUCAAAGAACAGAAGCAAGUCCAGGAAGAGAUCAGCAGGAUGUCUUCUAAAGCCAUUCUCAAAGUGCAAGAGGACAUCAAGUCACUCAAACAGCUCCUGUCCGUCUGUGCCAGUGGCCUGCAGAGAAAUUCACUCUCCAUAGACAAACUGAAGUUGGAAACUUCUCAGGAAUUGAAGAAUGCCGAUAUCGCACUUCGCACCCAGAAGACGCCUCCUGGACUCCAACAUGAGAACACGGUGCCUUCCGAUUAUUUCCGGGCUCUGGUGGAGCAAUUUGAGGUGCAGUUACUGCAGUACCGUCAGCAGAUUGAAGAACUGGAGAAUCAUCUGACCACCCAGAGCAGUGGCUCCCACAUCACCCCUCAAGAUUUGUCCCUGGCCAUGCAGAAACUCUACCAGACGUUUGUUGCACUUGCUGCACAGUUGCAGGGAGUUCAUGAGAAUGUUAAGACUCUCAAAUAUCAGUAUCUGGGCUACAGACGAGCCUUCCUUGACGACUCCACAGACAUAUUCGAGUCAAAACGUGUUGCUGGCAAGAAAUGGCAGAGCUCUCCGCACGUCACCACAGGCCCUGCACCCUUCGGCAGCGUUCCCAACGCAGCAGCCAUUGCCAUGGCUGCCACUCUCACUCAGCAGCAGCAGCCGGCUCCAGGUUUCUUUGCUUUGGUGAUACCCUCCAUCCAUCUGUAACCAUGGUUGCAUUUGUGGUUUCCAUGGAGAUUUCCUGGCAAUAAUAGCUGGUCGGAGGUGUGAGAGAUAGUGAUAGAUGUUCCACUUCCGAUGGCGCAGAAUCGAUUUACGCUGGUCUUAUUCUGGGUUCUCAAUCUAUAGAGAAGAAUCAAAUUACAGACAUUUUUGAUUUGUGAUUUUACUGGAAAUAAGUCGACAAAAGGGCUUUAUCAGUGUGAUCCAUAAGCCAAAAUCAUUUUGAUCUAAAACUUGACUGUUCGUCAUUCACAUUUCAUUGUUUUCCCAAUUAAUAGGCUUUUUUUUUUUUAUCUGUACUAUAGUAUUUUUUGGAAAUGGACCGUGCCUUUGUGCCUAAGAAAAAUCUAGACUGUUGUGGGUGCUUUUGCAUAUUCAAUUAACUGUAAAUGUGUAGUGCGCUAAACCAACGGAAUAGCUUAAUUAGUUGCACAGUAUAUGUAUACACACACAAGAUGUGAGAUGCAUUUCCUUGUAGAAUCAGCCCAACCACAACACACUGCAGUAAAGUCUGUUAAAGAUGGAAAUCCUACACAGACACUAGUCGUCAUUCAUUUUCUUACUUUAUUUAAGGGCUACAGUGUUCAAGACUUCAGUUUGAGUGAACAUGCUGCUUUAUAGGACUAUUGAGGGUCUGCGGUGAAGGAUUGUGCCAAAUUUCAGAAUUUAGAAAUGCAGUUUUUGUGAUUCUUGGCCUUUUGGUGGCCCAGAGCUGCUAUUUCGAUCCGUCUUUCUCUACCAUGGCUGUCAUAACUCUAAUGUCUCUAGAGUUAUGACUGAACUCUAAUAAAGGUGGUAAUACCUUUUCAGACACCUUUUCAAAUCGCUUUUCUCGCAAAAGACGAAAGCAACACACCUUCUGCUUUGUGGGAAAGCUAUGAAUUAGACCCUCAGUGAACUUUCACUAUGAGCCAUUGUUAAUCUCAGAUCUUACAGGCUUUCUUUUGCUUUUAUUCGCCGAUCUACUAUACAUACGAAUGAUCUUAAUGCAUGUCAUGUUUUUAAAAAACGCUUUUAGGAAGUGGCUUUUGUGUGUUGGUACUUAAUCAAAGCUCUUACACAGGAUGUCUGUUUAUAGACAUGUCUGGUUCUUGGUAUACGUUUCCAUUCCUUGGAACACAAAUGGGGCUUAUUAUUUUGGUUGUUUACAAAUAGUAACAUAGUCUAUAAUUCUAUAAUCUAACUUAUAAAUCAAUUGUUUUUUUAAUUAUUAUCAUACAUUUUUUGUUUAGGUGGUGCUUGUUGAUGUAUUUAAAAUGGUGUGCCUUUUUGAAUUAGAUAUCGCAUUAGUCCUAACCAUUGUUUGAAAUGCAUUUUUGGCACAGGUUGGCUUUAAUCGUUUUAAACAGUGUUAAUGCCAUAGCUACUACUAGGAAUCAGUUUGUCCUCAACUGUUUGUCAUGUUUAAUGUAAUUUGAAUUGACAAUAAAUCAGUUUUUUUAAAGAAAAGCCCUUGUCUUUGUUUCUUUUUGACUGAUAAAUCAUUGAUUUUUCUCAAUGAAUUGGAUUAAAAGACUGCAUUUGAGAUGCUGAUUUAUCACAUCUCUAAAUUAAUAAUCUAAUCAAAUUUAAACCAGCUAAAAGGAAACGAGACAGGAGCACAAUUUAGUAAUGCAUUAAGUAACAGCAGGUCUGCAGAUGUCAUUUAGGAAAUAAGUACCUUUUGUGAUAUUAAGUGAUUUAGAAAAUCCAUCAAAAUAGGAAGACAUUAGUGUGGAUCCAAGGUAAGUAACUAGAAGCAGAUUAGUACAAUAAAUAGAAAAAAAAAUCUAUUUGCAGCCAGUAGUGCCUAUUUUUUGAUGUUCCAUUUGCUCCAACAUCAUAAUGAACCGUAUUUUAGAUAAUGCUGAUAUGGCUUUUAUGUAGCUCUUACGCUGUGCCACUUACUUUCAAUGAGGACGUUUUCCAAAAGUUGCUUUCAAAGCAUGUGCUUCUCUUACAAGAUUGUUAAAUCAAAUUUUUUGUUUGCUCAUUGAUAAUAUGGAUCAUU